AUACUGGUCAGAGGAACAUGAUAGAAACCUGACAUUCUCAGUGCCUAUACCUUCCUGUGUAAGCAGAGGCCAGGCUCAUUUUGACACAGAAUAUCUCUCUCUGCUUGACUUCUACAAACCAUGUGGCUCUACCUGGUUGCACUGGUGGGCCUGUGGACGCUCCUGCGCUUCUUCAGGGAGAGGCAGGUGGUGAGCCAUCUCCAAGACAAGUAUGUCUUCAUCACGGGCUGUGACUCUGGCUUUGGGAACCUUCUGGCCAGACAGCUGGACAGGAGAGGCAUGAGGGUGCUAGCUGCAUGUCUGACGGAGAAGGGAGCUGAGCAGCUGAGGAACAAGACAUCUGACAGGCUGGAGACAGUGAUCCUGGAUGUCACCAAGACAGAGAGUAUUGUGGCAGCCACUCAGUGGGUGAAGGAGCGUGUUGGGAACAGAGGACUCUGGGGCCUGGUCAACAAUGCUGGCAUCUGUGUCUUUGCUAUCAAUGAGUGGCUGAAAAAAGAGGACUUUGCAAAUAUACUGGAUGUGAACCUGUUGGGCAUGAUCGAGGUGACUCUGAGCAUGCUGCCCUUAGUGAGGAAGGCGAGGGGCCGUGUGGUCAACAUCUCCAGCUCCAUGGGUCGAGUGUCUUUGUGUGGUGGUGGUUACUGCAUCUCCAAGUAUGGUGUAGAGGCCUUCUCAGACUCCCUCAGGAGGGAGAUCUCCUAUUUUGGGGUGAAGGUGGCUAUCAUAGAGCCUGGCGGGUUCAGGACUAAUGUCUCCAACUACGAGAGGCUAUCACACAGCAUAGAGAAGCUGUGGGACCAGACAUCCUCGGAGGUCAAGGAGGUCUAUGACAAGAAUUUUCUGGACUCCUAUAUCAAAGCAAUACAGUCAUUGACAGACACAUGCUCAGAUGACCUGUCUGUGGUAACUGACUGCAUGGAGCACGCUCUGACUGCCUGUCACCCUCGCACAAGAUACUCAGCUGGCUGGGAUGCCAAGCUCUUCUACCUACCCUUGAGCUACAUGCCCACCUUCCUGGUAGAUGCCAUGUUGUACUGGAGCUCUGUAAAGCCUGCCCAAGCCCUGUGAAUCUGCACGUGUGUGCAGACUUGUGGCGGGUGGAGGGAGAUAAUGGCACAGGGCAUGUGGUUCUUGAGACUCAUUAAAACAAUUCAGCUUCCAUACUACUCAGAACCAGUAAAGUUCAGGGGAAAGAGGCAGUAAAGUUCUGCCAAGGGGGAGUGAUACAAAGGGGCUGGCAAUAUCCUGUGAACUUAGCUUCUUGGGGCUUCAUCUUGGCCUAUUGUGAGAAUCCACAGGACUGCAGAGAUUGUAAACACCUAGGAUGAGCUUUGCCUCUGGCCCUUCCUCAUGAUGUCCAUGGGCCUGGCCAUCAUGGAAGAUCGAAAGAAUCCACUUCACAAUCACCUUUUUCCAUGGUGUCAGGAGGGAGGGCCCCCACCCGCACUCCACAUCCUAAUGCCGUUUAGGAGGUGGUUUUGCUGGUGGGAUAGAAUCUUGCUAAGAUAAACAACAACAACAAUUUUUAUUUGUCUCAAAACCAUGGUUUUCUUUGGAUUCCUUUCAUUUCAGAAUAAAAGUUGAAAAGAUUA